AUGGAUCCGGAAAGCGAACUCCCCGCAGUCCGCCAUGUCAGCCAGUGGGCGAAAUUCAUGAAGGCCCAGAGCGACUGGGACCCCGACAACAGCAUCAGCAUCGACAAGUGGCUGGAGGACGUAUGCGGCGCCGUCACCGACCAUCUCGGGGCCAGGUGGGUGUUUGAGAACUUCAUCUGCUACAGAUCCGGCAAGCCCCUGGCACUGCCGGGCCUGGGCAUCAGCAUCGCGCGCCAUCUGUUGACCCAAUCGCGUCCAGCGGGCCCGAACGGCGCAAAGAUUGUGCAGUUGACUCACGGUGUUUUGCAAAUUGCUGCCUACCAGGGGAACAACACGGCGGUUGCGUCCAUACUGGAGGCUGGAGCCGACCCUAAUUAUAUUCACUCUCACUUUGGGCAUCCUGUCCACCACGCUCUAACUAAUAACCAUGUUGAGACGCUUCGACUGCUGGUUAGAUACGGUGCUGAAAUCCAUGCACCUGGUGAAUAUGCGGCUCUCAUUAGACGGGCGGCAGACAUGGGACAUGUCGAGUGCUUUCGAUAUAUAUUGUCCAUGAUCCGGGACAACGAACUGCAAUACCUUAGUCUGUGUCUCACCGCCGCAAGAGCAAAGGGUCAUAUGGAGGUUGUUCGGGUCCUAUCUGAAUGGACUACUGACAGGCAACAACAGCGCGAGAAGAAUUCUAGCUGGCUCGACCAUCUCAAACUGUGGAAAGCUAAACCGCGACCCACAUUGGACCUCGAGUUCUUCUGCGGAGAGUACGGUUCACCAGUGGACGUAGCUGUACGAAACAAUCAUGUGUAA